AUGUCCGCAAUGUCUCGCCAAGAGGCGAUGCAAAAGUUGGCGGCUUUCAAACAGCUGCAUAGCUCGAAAAUUGACAAUGUUCUCACGAAUCGGACUUUGUACUUUCGUUUUGAACCAGGAGUUGACACAAUAAUUGGAUCAACUGGAUUUGAGGGAUGUUUUGGUGUGGUUAUAGUCAGCGCGCGAGGGUGCGUUGUUGCGCAUAUGACUCCAACAGGGAAUAGUGUAAACAACGCCAAAGCCAAAAUCGAGAGUUAUUACAACUCGUACCCGGCAAUUCUCGAUGAUGAAAAGGCAUACAUUUAUGCUCAAGUCAACUACUUUUCGGGUCCGAAUCAAGGUAAUGUGAUGUACCCUGAAUUGUACGGACAGCUAUUUGCGCAUCUCAAGUCCUUGCAUAGCGAUGGCGCUGCUCCAACGUUGGUCAAGUACGUUGACCCGCAAGACGUCUGUCACGAUCCGAAAGGUAACCCGCUUCCGGGCUUCAAUUCUGACAAUGCUGAGUACGCUAGUCUUGUGGUCAAAUCUGGUGCAGACCAGAACUCUGCGCCCAUUGUUCAAUUUAUCACGACUGACAUGCAGUAUCAUGCUGUUCGUGUGUGA